UAACGUGCAACGUAAAGGUCUACACUGACUGCAAUAAUGUCGCAGAACGACGAUCUGGCAUAUGCCAUGACGAUCUAUAAAUUCUUAACUCUGCCAUUAGGCGUUUGGCCCCUGCAAAAAUAUAAUACAUUUUCUUUGGUCCGUUCUAUCAUAUGUGGUUUUAGCAUAACUGUAAUGUUGAUCACGUUACUUAUUGAAAUCAAUUUCGGUAGUGACGAUGUGUACUUAAAACUCGAUGCUCUUAUGCUUAUAAUCUGCAACAGUCUCGCUGUAACAAAGUUAUUGGCAUUCCGCUUAUACGCCGACAAUCUAACUCGCAAUUAUUCUUCUGCUGUGAAUGAUUAUCUCACGAUUGACACUAAGGAGAAACGUACGAUCAUGCGACGACACGCAUUUCUGGGAAGGAUGAUUUGCUACAGUAUCUUAUUUUUCGCUUAUUUGGGUUCAAUAACUUUUAUAUUCACGCCUAUGUUUGCAGGCGAUAGUGAGAAUAUCCAAGUUAAUGUAACCGCCAAGAAUAAAAUUUCAGAAUUACCCGUGCCCGUAACAUUUUUAGGGGAGUUAUGUCUCCCUACGAGUGUAUACGUCGUGAUUUCUACAGUGCAAGUAUUUAUAAUGAUACUUACUUCCACCAGCAAUUGUGGUAAUGAUUCACUUUACUUCGCUAUCACUCUUCAUGUAUGCGGACAAAUAAAAAUUUUAAAAAUUGAAUUUCUUAAAUACGGCAUGAAGAGCAAAAACCUAAAUGAAGAUUUUUCAAUAUUGGUAUUAAGACAUCGUUAUCUAAUAAAGCAUGCGGAAUAUUUGGCAGAUGCAAUAAGCUCUGUUUUACUUAUCCAACUGUUAUUAAGUUGUAUUAUUAUUAGUUUAGUAGGUUUCCAAUUGAUCUGGGCAUUGAAAAUGAAUGAUGCAGUCAUAAUAAUUAAAACCACAUCAGUGUUGAGUGCUUUAUUGUUACAGUUGUUCUUUUAUAGUUGUGUAGGCGAUUAUCUGAAAUGUCAAACGGAAGAAAUCGCUAACUCAAUUUACAGCUGCAAUUGGUACAAUUUACCAACGAAAUUGAUAAGAAAUGUUUUGUUCGUCAUCAUGCGAUCGCAACAACCUGUUCAACUGCUAGCUGGCCGAUGUUUUGUUGUAAACAUUAAAACUUACAUGACUAUAUUAAAGAGCUCACUCUCGUAUUUGUCCGUUCUACGAGUAAUGAUGAAUACGUAAAUGAAGAUUAGCCAUGUAAUUGUUCAAAUAAAAUCUUAAAAAGAUAUUAUUGUACACACGUAA